UCACUUGAAUAUAUCAUCACUUCUCUCCGCGAGGUGUGCUUAUUAAACUUUCGAUAUUUAGUAAUUUCUAACAAAUCCUUCAAUAAUAGGAUGAAGAAAAGUCACUAAUACUGCUUACAUCAAUAGUAUUUUAGUAUUUACUCAUUAGACUUAGUUCGUUGUUAAACUUUGGAAUACUGUGCAGAGUCUUUUGCUAAUUUCGUAAUAUUAUCUCGGCUAAAGCUAAUUGUGCUACCGUGGCUAAAUUCAUUUCUGACAAUUUCGAUUUGGUUUUGACAACACACAAUUCACAAUGAAAGUCUCCGAGGACCAAAAUGUCGAGGACGGUGUUUCAUUUCAGGAUGAGGAGGAUCUAAUUUUCCAAGACAUUGACUUACUACAACAACAUGGGAUAAAUAUGGCAGAUAUCCAAAAACUCAAAACCGUGGGCAUCUGCACCGUCAAGGGAAUUCAAAUGAUGACACGCAAGGCUUUGUGCAACAUUAAGGGAUUGUCUGAAGCUAAAGUGGAAAAAAUUAAGGAAGCUGCUGGGAAAAUGCUGAGUCAUGGUUUCCAGACUGCCUUCGAGUACAGUGUCAAAAGGAAGAUUGUUUUCCACAUCACAACCGGGAGUCAGGAGUUUGAGUUUGUAUUAUAUUCAGUUAUCAUUUUACUAAGAAAAUAUGUUUAUAAAUGGGUCACAAUCUUGCUUUCUACUAGUAAAUUGUUGGGUGGAGGAAUGGAGAGUAUGGCUAUCACAGAAGCCUUUGGAGAGUUUCGUACAGGAAAAACACAGCUUUCCCACACACUUUGCGUCACCGCUCAGCUGCCAGGAGAAAAUGGCUACUCGGGUGGGAAAGUCAUCUUUAUUGACACAGAGCACACUUUUCGCCCAGAUCGACUGAGAGACAUUGCCGAUAGGUUUAAUUUGGACCACAAUGAAGUCCUUGACAAUGUUCUAUAUGCUCGGGCUUAUACCAGUGAGCAUCAGAUGAAGCUAUUGGACUUUGUGGCAGCUAAAUUUCAUGAGGAAGCGGGAAUCUUCAAGCUUUUGAUUAUUGACUCCAUCAUGGCCCUGUUCAGAGUUGACUUCUCGGGUCGAGGUGAGUUGGCAGAGAGGCAGCAGAAACUGGCCCUGAUGCUCUCCAGGCUGCAGAAAAUCUCUGAAGAGUACAAUGUUGCUGUGUUCGUGACCAACCAAAUGACUGCUGAUCCUGGCGCAGGGAUGACAUUCCAAGCUGAUCCGAAGAAGCCGAUCGGCGGCCACAUCCUGGCCCAUGCUUCCACCACAAGGUUGAGCUUGAGGAAGGGACGUGCUGAGAUGAGAAUUGUCAAAAUAUUUGACAGCCCAAAUAUGCCUGAGAAAGAGGCAUCUUUCGCCAUCACAGCUGGAGGUAUCACUGAUGCUAAAGAGUAAAAGAGACAAAUAAUACAUUAUUCGCACAGUUAGCUGUUUCCUUUUAGUCACAUUAUAGUUUUUUUACUACUCUAUUUAUUCCAUUUUCAUGAAUUCCAACGAGUUUAAUGUUUUUGCUUUGAAAAAUGAUAUAUUUAUUAGCACACUUUGCUAUUCAACGCUAGUGAUAUAUCUAUUAGCACAGGUAGCUGUUCAACUCUAGUCAUUUAAAUGUAUUUUUUAGGAAUAUUUAAAAAUUCUAUGUCUUGUUCUAAUGUAUUUAUUCCAUUUGUACUGUUAGUAGUUUGGCACCUUGUUAAUGGUUGGACAAAAUAAAUUAGAGAUGAUGUUCAACGUGAUCUCAUAUGACUCGA